GGCUAGUCGUCCUGGGAUUUUAAAUACUGUGUAAAGUACGGUACGUGCGUACUCCCUUUACAGUUCCCUUCUCCAUUCAGGGGAUGUGAAAAGCCAUCUGCUUCGUGUGAAGAUGGCGACCACGGCACUUUUCGAAUCUGAAAAUGUCCAGGGAGCUUGCCAUAACGAAUUGAUUGAUUUUACGACGCGAGGUCAUGAAAAAAUCUUACCGUCGCUCAGGCUGGUCAAUCCCCCUAUGCCCGAGCUUGCGGCGGGACUGAAGGAUCAUCUAUCUGUGCUAAGCGGGGGUAGUAGUCUCGCGCUCAGCCGCGGAGAGGAUCUAGCUAGCAUACGCCUGAGCAAAAACCUUGAGGGUCUCUUUCCAACGGCAACUCCGCGGGUGAUAGGCGGCCCGCCAAUAACUUGGACAAUGCUCAUCCUUUCUCAUCCUUUUCGCCGGGCCUCAGUUUGAUGGUCCGUCGCGGUUGAAGAUUGGGGAGACUCAGGUUGAACUUCCAGAAGACGACCUGAUCUUAUUCGUUCGUAGGCCUUGGAGGG